AUGCCAGACCAAGACGCAGGAACCCCGCGGGUCUUUCUUUACCGCCACGGCCAAACAGAAUGGUCCCAAAAUGGCCGCUACACUGGCGUAACCGAGCUAGACCUCACACGCAACGGCGAGAAACAAGUUCACGCAUCGGGGAAGAUGAUUGUCGGAAAAGGCAAACUAAUUGAUCCCGCCAAUAUCGCUCGGAUCUACGUGAGUCCCCGCAAGCGAGCAAUGCAGACAUUCGAGAUCGCAUUCGACGACACGGACAAAAAGGCGUUGAAAACUGCCGAAAAGAUUAUCCAAGGCGAGGAAAGGUUACGCGAAUGGGACUAUGGGAUGUAUGAGGGAUUGGUGACGAAGGAGAUCCGGGCGUCGAGAAAAGAGCGUGGACUGGAUGUGGAGCGGGAGUGGGAUAUUUGGCGCGACGGCUGUGAAGAUGGAGAGUCCGCGCAAGAUGUUACCGAUCGCAUUGAUAGUCUCAUUCGAGAUAUUAGGACUACUCAGAAAAAUAGUAUGCAUGGUGAGAGUCCGUCGGAUAUUGUGCUUGUCGCGCAUGGUCAUCUUCUUCGAGCAUUUACUAAGCGCUGGCUUGGGUAUCCGAUGGAUUUCCCUUUGCUUCUUAUGCUUGAGCCGGGUGCUGUUGGUGUUCUCAGUUAUCAGCAUCAUAAUAUUGAUGAGCCUGCUCUGUUGGUUGGGUAUGGUUUUCCCGUGGAUGAGGAGUGA